UUCUGAAACGUCAAUGUCAAAUUUUUUGAGGUUAUGUUUUGAUUUGAGUCGUAUUUGGUAAACUUACUUUUAUUAAUAAAAACAACUAUUUACAUGCAUAUAAUGAUGCUGAAGGAGUGUUUUAUCCUAAAUAGAAGCCAUAAAUGUAUUUAAGAAACAUGUGGCCGCGGUAUUUGUUGUGGUUCGCUCAGGAACACGUUGAUUUUCGGCAUGCCGAAAUGCAAAGUUUGCUGUCCAUGUUCAAUAUUCCGAUCAGAUAUGUCGAAAAACCAUGUGAAGUAAGACCUUACUGGGUGGUAGAAGUGCCUUCCGAAGAGUGCGUCAGAAAACUUGCGUCGCGCUCUGUGCUGCUUAAAAACUGUAUAGAAAUAUGGUCGAGGGCCAAAACCGAGGCUCAGCUUCAUCAAAACUUGAAGCGAGCCAUGCAGAACAGCACAGAUCAGUGGAUUACUUCAGAAGGUUCAGAGUAUGGAGUCAGUGAUCAAGAUAUUUGCCCCAGUGGCUUGAUAGACGCGUGUCGGCCGGUGGACAAGUCUUUCAAAGUGGAAGUUGAGACCUUCUGCAAGCAUUUUAGUAUGAAGGAGAAAGUUGAGAAAAUUGAGAAAUUUGAUUACUUAGCAUUUGAAGGCCCAGUGAAGUUGAAGAAGCCAGACAUAGUCCUGAGCUACAUAGAGUUCUAUGGGCUGGACCCCAACAAUGUGCCCGAGGAGCCAGAAGACUUGUUCUUUGGGAAAUGGGUAGCAGACGGGCAGCGUGAGCUGAUCCAGCAGCACUCCUUAAAGAAGCGCACUUUCAUUGGCAACACCAGCAUGGAUCCUGCGCUAGCAUUGUUAGCUGCUAACCAGGCACAAGUCCAAGAUGGGGAUAUAGUGCUGGACCCCUUUGUUGGUUCUGGCUCUCUGUUGGUUGCUGCAGCACAUUUUGGAGCGUACGUGUACGGAACAGACAUCGACUACCUCAUGCUGCACGCGCGGACGAGGCCUACACGCGUCGGACAAAAGGUCCGUAAGAAAGAGGAGAGCAUCCGCGCGAAUAUGCAGCAGUACGGUAUCGGCGCCCGGUUCCUGGACGUGGUGGUGAGCGACUCCUCGCGCCCGCUGUGGCAUCCCGGGUGGAGUGUUGACGCUGUCAUCACCGACCCUCCAUACGGGAUUCGCGAGUCAACUGAACGCGUGGGCAUAGAGAAGGAGAACUACACCCUGUCUUCGGAGCACCUGGCCCAGCACGUGCCCGCCAAGGUGGAGUACGCGCUGAGCCAGCUGUACCGCGACCUGCUGGGCUCGGCGGCGCGCCUGCUGGCGCCCGGCCGCCGCCUCGUCGCCUGGUACCCGCUGCUCAGAGCGGAAUACAGCCCCGACCAGCUGCCGUCCCACCCGUGCCUCGAGCUGGUAGCCAACUCCGAGCAAGUGCUGUCACGACUCACUGCUAGGAGAUUACUUACUUAUGAGAAGAUACGGGAGCCCGACGGGGACGUCGCGGCCGACGGAGGGGUCCACAACUUCAGGGAGAAGUACUUCAACUCCGGGGCGGAGCCGCGGCGCGCCAGGCGGGCGGCGGCCGGCCGGGGGCGCCGGGGCGGACACAGGGCGGAUGUUACUUAAUUACUUUAUUCAUAUAUAUUGUAUAUCUAUACAUUAUGUUGUAACUUAUUUUGUACCAUCAACGGCCUGGGGGAGAUCGGUGGAGUCUACACGUUUUAGUGAUUUAUUAAAUAAGUGUGACUGAAAUAGUUUGUUGAUAAUAAACUUGGCAGUGAUGAUGCCAUUAUUA